ACGAACAUUUCUUCGACAAAUUUAAAAUUAUAUUUUGUGGAUUUUGUGUUUAAAGCAGAAAAGUAAUCCUAAACGUGGAUUUAGAUAAUUUCUAGUCUUCUUUCAUUAUUAUUCGCAGCGUUAUUUUUAUAAAACAACAAAAUGCUCAUUAAAUCCCAAACUGAAUAUAAACUAAAAUCAUCACCAGAAGAUGCAGUCUCUUCUGUAAAAUUUGGACCGAAUACCAAUCAGUUUUUGCUUGUGAGCUCCUGGGACGGUAGUGUAAGACUUUACGAUGUCAUGGCAAAUAAUUUACGGCAUAAAUAUGCUCAUGAUGCUCCUGUAUUAGAUUGCUGCUUUACUGAUGCUGUGCACUCAUACAGUGGAGGGUUGGACAAUACCCUUAAAACCUUUGAUUUUAACACUACAACAGAGAAGACCAUUGGAAGUCACAAUAAUGCUAUAAGAUGUGUAGAGUAUUGUCAAGAAGUCAAUGGAAUCCUAACAGGAAGUUGGGACCAUCAUUUAAAAUUGUGGGACCCCAGAUCUUCAGUUUGCAGUGGUAGCUAUAAUCAAGGGGACAAAGUAUACACAAUGAGUGUUUGUGGUGAGAAGCUUGUCGUUGGUACGGCAGGACGUAAAAUUUUAGUCUGGGACAUCAGAAACAUGUCCUACACUAUUCAGAAGCGAGAGUCUAGUUUGAAAUACCAAACAAGAGCUAUUCGAUGUUUCCCUAAUAAACAAGGAUUUGUCUUGAGCAGUAUUGAAGGCAGGGUUGCUGUUGAAUAUUUGGACACAAAUCCAGAAAUACAAAAGAAGAAAUAUGCUUUUAAGUGUCACAGAAUUAAAGAAGAUGGCAUUGAAAGGAUAUAUCCUGUUAAUGCUAUCAGUUUUCACCCAACAUACAAUACUUUUGCAACGGGAGGUUCUGAUGGUUAUGUAAAUAUUUGGGAUGGUUUUAAUAAGAAAAGAUUGUGUCAAUUUCACCAAUACCACACCUCAGUUACUUCCCUUAGUUUUAGUCACAAUGGUUCUGUGUUGGCAAUUGCAUGCUCCUACUUUUUGGAGGAAGACAACCCUCCAAAUACCCUUCCCGAGGACGCAGUGUACAUAAGGACAGUGACUGACCAGGAAACAAAACCAAAAUACAGCACAACAUCCUAAUUUAAUCAGGUUUUUUAUCAAAAAAUUUUUUAUUUAUAUUUAUUGAAUUAUUUAAAUCACUUCAUGACGAGAGUUAUCCUUCUAUAAAAGAAAUAUGUUAAUAUUAACCACUUUGAAAACCCUCCCUUGAAGGGUCCUUUUUAAUGUUUGUGUUCGGUAAUAAUCAUUUUAAUGAAAAUAUUCAUAUGUGUUUGAAACAUAGCGUAGGUAGCAUGCUGUUUUUUGGAUAUUUAUUUAUCAAUUAAAGAACUAAAAUGACUACAUUUGAAUUCUCUUAUCAACAAAAAAAUAGGUCAUUACGGUUUUAGUACUAACAUAAAGUGAUUUAAAACAUUACUAGAUAAUUUUUUAUUGCAAAUAUUCGUAUUUAAUUUUUUUUUUUCAUUAACAUGCAAUAUAAUUUA